GCCCCCAUACCCACUGCCUACCAGGCUCUGGAGCCUUCAGGGGGAGCAACCACACAGAUAGAUCAGGGUGGAUCGAAGUACCCAGGGUGACCCCUGAGUUUCUCCACAAUUCCACUCAAAAGGUCCAGGUAGACGCGGCCACAGACUCGGCCUUGAACAGUCUCUGGGACUUCUCGUUUCCUGCUAAACCCCCUCCUGUCUGAAAGCCACAAUGUCACAAUUCAGCACACUGUCUCCCAGAGAAAGGAAGAUGCAAGCAGAUGCUAUUUGCCGGGAGAUCCAUGGUGGUGCCAAUGGUGACACUAUGGACCUCGGCAAAAAGCUGUGCACACCAAAAGACAUCAUGUUGGAGGAGCUCUCUCUGCUGUCAAACAGAGGCUCCCGUCUUUUUAAGAUGAGACAGAGACGAUCUGAGAAGUACACAUUCGAGAGCAUUCAGAAUGAGGCCAACGCAACAUAUAACGACGUCCCAGGAGAGGGUGUUGAGAACGCUGAGAGCAAAGGAGACGCGUCAAAAACUCCCCCAAACACCCCAGACCCCAGGAGCGCCGCCAACCCCGAAGGAAUAGCACCAGGUUAUGGAGCCCCACUGAAAGACGUUCCUCCUGAGAAGUUCAAUGCCACCGCCAUGCCCAAGUCCUACCACUCCCCCUGGGAACAGGCCAUCAUCAACGACCCAGCCCUGGCCGAGACCCUUAAACUCAGCAUGCCCACUCCAGAGCCCAAACAAGACGUUGACUACAAGAGCUUCAACAGGGUGGCUACGCCAUACGGGGGUUUUGAUAAAGCUCCGCGCUCCGCCGGCAUUAUUUUCAAAGUCCCUGCCCUGGACCUGAACCCCCCAGCCUACCCUGAGCUGCAGGAGCCUGGCGUGAAGAGGCCCAGCUUCAACAGAAUGGCUCAGGGAUGGAUCUCCGACGGAAACCCUCUCAUGAUGCCUACUGUCCCCCUGGACCCGCCCGAGAUCCCCGAGUCCGACGACCUCUAAGAUGGACAACAGAUGGGCUGUACUGUAUAUCAUCCAGACAAAACAUUGUGCUUGAGCUUGUCCCUGGUCUGUCAACAGUGUUGGGAGGGUUUUGCCCUGUCAGUGCAGGUGUGGGAUCAGUUAGAGGUGAGGGCAAAUUAUUUCAGAUCAGUACUGGAGAGCAAACUCCCACAUAAGCAAGAACCUUUAUGCUUUGCGCAGAGAUAGCAUUCAACGUUCUCAUUUAGGAUGCAAGGAGGUGGACAAUUAGGCCCUAAAUUUUUGUGUUCUCCAUCAAAACAUAUCUAUCUAAAGAGAUUACAUUUUGUUGUAUAUGUCAACUGCUCCCUUUCCUAAAUAUCCUGUCAGAAAUUUCUGUGUAAAUAGUCUAUUAUUUCUGUAAGUUUCGUGAAGCAACUGAGUGUACAAUUAGCAGUGCCUUUUACUAAUUAGAAUCUGUAGGUGAAUGUGGGAUGCAUUUGGUUCCAUUGUAUUCUAAGUAGCAUCCAUACAAACUGCACUCUGAAUAGUUUUUAACUUGACUACAAUUCAAUGUAUAUUUAUUCUUGUGUAUAGUUAUCACAAUGUGGAAAUAAAGAGGGCAGGAUGCAAACCA